GCGCCUUCGCCAUACAGUACAGAAUUUAACUUGAAAUCUAGAAAAUACUGCUUUAUUCGGGCAAAGAGAUUAUCGCGUUUAUUCUGGACUUUACAAGAUUGACUAUUAUAUGAUGCAGAUAGUGAUUAUUGUUGAGAGUUGUAAAGAGUUUAGUUAUUUGAGUUAUUUAGUGAAGUAAUUAGUGUCAGAGUGUGAAAUAACGUGGAAUAAAUUAUUGUGUUAAUUGGACUAGGAUUUUUGGAAUACACAGACCCAAGAUUUCUGUCACGCACCCCAGAGCCGUGACAUUGGUGUGCAAACACCAACGGAUGGAACGAUCAAGAAAAAGCUACAGCACUGAUAGUGGCGCUACGAGGACUUGCCUUAGAUAUUCUUCAGUCCAUUCCUACAAUCUACCACCAGAAUUACCAGCAUCUAAAUCAGACGUUCGAAUUGCGUGACCAUAAUAGACAAGAAGUGUUUAGAACUCAAGUUAAAUCAAGAAUUCAAAAACCCGGCGAGAGCUUACAAAAAUUCGAAUCGGAAGUUAAAAGGCUAGUGAGUUUGGCGUUUCCUGCAGCUGAGGAAGACAUGCAGAAAUGGAUGGCAGAUUUGCGUUCAUUGAUGGUGUCAGAAAUUCCAAGUUCCAGGAGAACCUGAGAAUGUCUAAGUUCAGAAAAAGUAGCGAAGCCUUUGUCCGAGCAUUGGAACUGGAAGCUAUCUUUGGUGCCUCACGACCCAGAAUACGAGCAGUGUCCAUUGAAGACCCAAUGGAUAAACAAUCGUCGAAAGAGGAUGGUAGCUUCGAGAAUGUUAUGAGAAAUUUUAUGGAGGAAAUGAAGAAACUAGUACUAGAAGUAAGACAAAUGGGAAACGACUCCAAACAAACACCGAGAAACCGAGUAAAAUGUUACCGGUGCCAUAAGCUUGAACAUAUGCAAUGGGAUUGUUGACUAAGGAUGUCUUCUCCAUCUAGGGAUCGUUUCCAACGCUUUUAGAGGUUUAGAGACGCCAACCCUAAACAUCGACCUGGAAACCUCAUAAAAAUGCUGACGCUCUGUCUAGACGACUAUGCAAAGAAAACUGCAAGCUUUGUCAAAGAAUCGAUAUGCCUGCGAAAGACACUGCUCCAGCUAUGAGAAGAAUGGGUCUUAUCGUUGAUGAUAAAUGGACUACCAAAAAAAUGAGAGAAGAUUAAGAGGCAGAUCAGGACAUCGGGCAAAUUCUACAUCUUAAAGAAAAUGAUGAAUGUAGGCCAGAAUGGAGAGAAGUGUCGAACAAUAGUUUGAUUUACAAAGCGUUGUGGGCUCAGUGGAACUUCCUGGCCGUAGAAAGUGGUUUACUCAAAAGAGUUUGGAAAAGUGCCGAUGGGAAAACUACGAAGAUACUACUAGUUAUUCUAAAAGAUCGAGUAGAAGAUGUAUUAAAACAGAUACAUGACGGAACUUCAGGGGCAUAUUUUGGAGUUAACAAGACUUUGGACAAAAUUCGAGAACGUUUUUACUGGGUCCACUAUCAUGAAGACGUUUAAAAUUGGUGCCGAGAAUGCGACAUCUGUGCUACCAGUAAAGGCCCUAAAUUAAGAUCUCGAGGGAGCAUGAAACAGUACAACGUCGGUCUCCCAUUUGAAAGAAUAGCGAUAGAUGUUGCCGGACCGUUCCCUGAGUGGUAACAAAUAUAUCUUGGUUAUCAUGGAUUACUUCAAUAAAUGGCCAGAAGUUUUCGCUAUUCCCAAUCAAGAAGCCAUGACUAUUGCUCAGGUGCUAGUGGACGAAGUUUUCAGUCGUCAUGGUAUGCUACUGGAGUUGCAUUCAGAUCUCACCUUUACAUCCACAGUCUCAUGGCAUAAUAGAACGAUUUAAUAAAACCAUUGAGGAACACCUGACAAAAAUGGUCGCAAAGAACCAGCGAGAUUGGGACAAACAUUUGCCUCUAUUUUUAUUGGCUUACAGAGCUCACGAGUCCACAGGUAGAAGUCCAGCUAGAAUCGUUUUUGGAAGGGAACUCAGGUUACCUUGCGAUCUGAUGUUUGGAAUACUUGAAGAAGAACGAGAAGAAAUUCGAGAUUGUGCCGACGAAUUAAGGGCACUACUUCUGGGGAUACAUGAUUUUGCUUGGAAGCAUAUCCAGCUGGCCAGUGACCGAAUGAAGACCAGAUACGACUUGAGAGCCAAUUCAGCCGGAUUUCAAGAUGGUGAUUUUGUGUGGCUGUAUAAUCCAACAAGAAAGAAAGGAGUGUCGCCGAAAUUGUCUUCAGCAUGAGAAGGAUCCUACAGAAUAAUCAAGGGGAUCAAUGAUUUGGUUUAUCGAGUUCAGCGCAACACCAGGCGUAAGAUGAAAAUUCUACAUCUGGACGAAUUGACGAAAUAUCAUGGGCGUGAAGUUGAUCGGCAGCCUUAUUCUGUAACUUGCGACCGCAGAGAAUUGCGAAAUAGUCGCUGUCAAACGAGAGUUUUCUAUUCAAAAAAAGCAACUUGCGACCGGUUGCUGGUUGCUAUGUAAUUGCUGUUCGUAGAGAAUAAGCCUGCGGGACGAUCAACCUUAAGAGGAGGGCAGUGUGGCGCGUUCGCCAUACAGUACAGAAUCUAACUUGAAAUCUAGAAAAUACUGCUGUAUUCGGGCAGAGAGUUUAUCGCGUUUAUUCUGGAUUUUACAAGAAUGGAUUACAGAUAUAUAAAGGCUGGUAUUAGUUAGUAGUUUUUAGUUUAAUAUUGACUGUGAUAUGAUUUAGAUAGUGAUUAUUGAAUUUUAAAGAGUUUAGUUGGUUGAGUAAAUUAGUGAAGUAAUAAUUAGUGUCAGAGUGUAUAGUAACGUGAAUAAAUUAUUGUUGUGUUAAUUGGACUUUGAUUUUUGGAAUAAACAGACCCAAGAUUUCUGUCACGCACCCCAGAACCGUGACAAUAUAAUAUUUUAUGUUUAUAGGUACUGUAAGAGCCUUUAUCGUUUUUAUAAAUGCAUGUUAAUACUGGUAAUAGACAAAAUAUUUAAUAAAUUCCCAUCAAUCAAUUUGGUGAAUAGUUAAUUAUAGCAUACCUUAACCUGUAAAAAGUUUUGUCAAUACCCGAUGGGUUUCUUAAGCUUUAGUUAAGUAGAUAUAAGUAAUACUGCUUCACUCUGCUGCUCUCAAGUUAAAUCAAAUUUCCACGUUCACUCUAGAGAAUAGUUUGUAAUCAGAAAUUAUCAAACUAUUUUAACAGUCAAUAAUAAUAAUAACCUUAUAGGUUCAGGUGAGCAAAAAUAAGGCUAUCCAUAACAAAGUAUAGGAAUAAAAUUUCGUUGAGAGGAUCCGAGUGGCAAGAGCAUGCUUUUACAUUAGAAAUUUUAGAUCACGUUUGGUGAUUAUUUUGUCUAUGGACGUUUUCUAGGGCCAAGUGAAACCAUGAAAAAAAAAAUCCCAUGAGCUUGUUUUUUAUUUAAUCUUUAAAAUAAUCACGUAGAUUAUAUAAAUUAGAUGGGAAUUUGAAACGUGAAAUUAUUCCGUGAUUAAAUGAUUUCCAAAAGCAUCAAUUUGCCUAAGUUAAAUUGAAAGUAAAAUUUUUCAUUAAAUGACAUUAACCUUUAACUUUCAAUAAAUUAUUGCAUAUUCUAUUUUAAUACUAUUUUCAUUACUUUCUUGAAAAUCGGCGCCAAACGACCUGAAAAAAUAUAAUUUAAUUAGUGAAGAUUUCACGGUCAUUUACCUGGGCCGUAAAGUGCAAUGCGGAUUGCAUUACUUUCUUGUGUUUCAGAUAAUCGGUGUAUAAUUAGUUUAAUGAAAAUUAUAACCUUGUACAUAUUCCGCUCAGUUAAGAAACCCUACAAACUAUAAUACAACAAUAGGUUCAAAUUAUGGUUUUUGAGUAGGUAUCAAAAAAGAUCCUUUCUAUGCUGGCACUUUGAUGAUAUAGCGUUCAUCCUGAUUUAUAAAGUCACAAUUUUUCAGCAAAUUGAAAUCCUACCAAAUUGAGGUUAGGAUCAUGCUCUGGUAAAGUACUGCAUCCUUUAGUCCGGAAAAUAGGGAUUUCCAUCAUCGUUUGGUGACCCAAGCACAAGUCAGCUAAAGUUCGCUAGUUCGCUCAUUAAAAAAAAAAAACAUGGAUUAUGGACUGCUGUUCGUCGUUCGAUAUGCCAUCAAGAAGCAAAGUCGUCGCAAAAUUUUCUGGUUUUUAUAUUGAAAAAGUCUCUUCAAUCAUUUUACCAAACGUCUCAUGCAUGCUAUCUGACUGUGCGUGAAAUGCUGUUGAUCUAGUCGCGCUGAUACUCAGUAGCUCACGGCAGUUCCACAGAAAUGCCAAACCUGCUAAAUAUGUUGUCCUCUAGAACCUCUUGGCGGAGGAAGGCAGUUACCUACUUCUAGCCAUUUACUGAAAUAUUCCAAGUGGAACUGAGAUGUUUUUGGAGUGUUUGUUUGUUUCAGAAAAGGGUCCUGCUACAUAAAUCGCAGUUCGUUUGGAUGUUCGACCUACAUUUUACUGCUCAGAUCUAUAUUCAGAGCUUGUACUGUGCUGCAAAUUUAGUCUCCGGCUCUAGGAUUUUACUGCUUUAUACUCAUUUGGGUAGUGUCUCUGCCUUCCUAUAAAGUAAAGUUGUCCUGGAUCUGUUUUAAACUCUGGAGUUGUACUACUGUAACUCCUCUAAAUAUCUUGCAAAUGUUCCUUCUGGUAGGUUCGUACCUACUUUUAUUUCUAUUUGAAAUUGCUGCGAAACAUGGAUCACCUACAGAAGACACAUAAAAAGCCUAGCAAAAUACCACCAGAGAUGCCUUAAGGAUCCUACGGAUUAAAUGGCAAGACCGACGAACGAAAAGGGCUUCUAUCCUCAUCAUUAAACACCAACUUCGCUGAAAAGGUCACCUCGCCCACUUUCCCGAAACAUUUCUUCCGCGACAGAUUCUCCACAGUCAACUGAAAGAGAGAAAUCAAAAUCAAGGAGGUGGACAAAAACGCUACAAAGAUGUUCUAAAGGAAAAUAUGACUAAAUCCCGCAUCGAUACCAGCCACUGGGAGACGACGGCAUCAUGGCGUCGAGUAGUCCAUGACGGACCACAUACUUUUGGAGAACAGUGACACAGACACGAGACCGGAAAGAUAGACCUCAGGAACGAGCGAGAGAAUAGAGACACAAUACUGCCAGAGGCUGGGUAUGCGAAGACUGUGGAAGAGUGUGCGGCUCCAGAAUUGGUUCAUUUAGCCAUCAGAAAACGCACAAUCGACGACAAAAAGAAUGGGAUAGAAGAUAAUCAUACUCGGUAUCGAGUGAUUGCCGAAUUCUCCGUUCUAAUCAGGAAUUCCUUGAGCGCGGAAAGUACUCGACUAUAAUUGAGAUAAGUUAGCUCCCAAUUCCGAUGCCGUUGUCUUUAUUUUAUCUAGUGAACAGUUUGCAUGUUGUAGAUGGUACCGUAUUGGACUAGAACAGAACGCUGAUCAUAAAUUUCUCACUUGCAUUCGGAAUUAGCGUUUCAGUUGUGAACGGUCUUUAGCAUAGAUUCCCUCUGAUGGUAGCUGCUUUGAGUACCAGAUAAAUGAAUACAUGAAGAACAUAGGUUUUGUUUUUCUACUUAAUGAUGUUACGUCAUCGGGUUCGUAGACUGAGGGUACUGUGGCGAGCUGCUUAUAUGUACAGACCGGACCAACCUACUAGACACAGGAAGUAAUAAGAUGAAUUAGCUUGUACGCGGUCUCAGCGAAUCGAGGCUAUGCUGCCGAAGGCGAGUAUGGCCGAGCUGCAGAAGAUGCACGAAUUUCAAUAACAUGCAGCUUGACAUGCAAUGACAUGGGUGAUAUGGGUAUCAGUCAACUAGUCUCAUUGAAGCCUAUGUGUCUAGUAGCAUUUUCUUAUUUGUUAGACCGUUUCAAGCCCUCUCCAAUUGUCUCGAUAAUCCUCUGCUUCUAUUUCCCUUCCCAUUUAUUCUCAUUUGGUUUCCAUUGCCCGAAGCGAUCAAUCGAAUCCAGUCACAUGUCAGAACUUAUUAGUAGCGAAAAACCCGAGUGACCUUGUGGGUCAGCAAGCUGUAUCGGUUGACAAGGAGACAAAUUCGCUGCCCUGGAAGCCGAUAGGGAGAGAUUCCAGGCUCAAAUUGCAACAAUGCACGUCCAAAUCUAAGACCUCAUCGAGAAUUAAGUCUAACUAGGCCUUAAGAUUGAAUCCCUUCAGGAGGAAAACAACAUCCUUAAGGCAGAAGCCCAAUUCCAAAAAGUCCAACUGUCAAAAAGAAGCAGUUCCCAAUGAAAGUGGACCACCAGUCCGCCCCCAUUCGCACUAUCCAAAUACAUUAUAGAAUAAAUCGGCGGUACUUUCAAUAUCCUACAGUCUGGCAAAAGCGUCAGAAUUUCCCAAAAACUCCAACUCUCGAAAAGAAGCAGUCGCCAAUGGAAUUGCAGGACCACCAGUCCGCUCCAUCUCCACUAUGCAAAUUAAAUAUAGAAUAAUUCAGCGAUACAUUCAAUAUCUCCAUGUCUUUGUUCCGGUUCUUCCUCUUCACCUCCCAAUCGCGUGUUUUCUUGUUCUUGUAGAAUGCUUGGAGUCGCUUCUGUUCUUGGUAGAUAAUAUAACACAAAUGUGAAAUUCUCAAAAACUAAAUUAACGAGUUCAAGCGAUUUAAAAGAAUGUGUGUGUUUUUUUUUAGCACCCACAUAAUCAACAAAACCAUACAUUUUCCCAAGUAUAUGUGACUACAUCUCUAUAUAAAAUAAAUCUGUAGCAGCAGUAGCUAAUAAUAAAUUGUGGAAAUAUGAAGAAAAAAAAUUCCUUGCAUAUGUAUGUAACCAGUUAUUAUUCACCCCCUAAGAAAAAAAAAUAUCAUCCAAAAACAACAGGAUGUUGACAUAAUCCAUCACAUCUUACAUGAGACAAAUUAUUCCGGUAUAAAGCCUAAUCACCCAAGUGGGGACCACCUUACUACGAAAGUGUGCCACCAGUAGCCGAUAACCAAAACCCAAAGAACCAAGUCGCUGGGUAUUCGCGUCAAGCCGGUUGUUGAGAGAACGUCUUCAGUCAUGUCCUGAUUCGGUGUGCCCGUUUGGACAUGUGGUGGCCGCGUCUCGUAAAUGUGACUAAUGAAAGUGUGACGUAUCGAUGAUUAUUUUUUCUGGUUUAUAACCUCAACAAUACCAAAGUAUAAUGUUUCGCUUAGGAUAUCAUUUAGUUUUUAUCGUGUUUUACUUUUGUUGUGUUCACGGAAGUGAAAAUUUCACCAUCGAAGAAUUGCCGGUAGAUACUUUGGUGAACUUGACAGGCAAUAACGAAUUAUGGACAAUACUCUUGAAAGACUGUCAAAAACCUACCUUAAAUUGUGUACAAAACAAUAUAUUUAAAUAUCUUAAAACAACCUUAGAUGAAACCGACGACAUGCAAUUUACCAGCUUCCUAAAAUUCACAAAAAACACUAUCGAUUAUAAUAAAUAUGAAAGAUCUUUUGAUAUUGAUUCAAAUGAAACUACGGAGAAUUAUGAGGAUGAGUUUCCCAUCGAAUCAAUGUCAAGGUCGCUUCAUGACAACACUGCAAAAUUUUUCAUGACGCAUGACCUAGAACUGUCAUUACCGGAUGGUUUAUUUCCUAACAGUUACUUGAGGAUUUCUCCAAAAGGCUUAGAGAACCAUGGAGCCUUGGUAAACCUAGAAAUUGUGUCAAAAGAUCUUGAGGAAGCAAGAGGGAUGGAAGAAGGAAAUAGAACUUUUAAAAAAAUUCGUAAAUUCAUCAACGAAAAGCUAAUCUACGCCCUCCUAGCAAUACUCCUAGUCGUAAAGUUGCUAGCAGUUAAAUUUUUGUUCCUACUUCCACUACUAGUUGGAGCUGCUACGGCCAAGAAACUCCUUUUGAAGAUUCUUCUGUUUGUCUUCCCAUUUUUACACCACAUAUUUAAAUUCUGCGCCUAUUAUCCCAUACAAGCCAAGUAUCAUCAUCAUAAGCAUUUGAUUUCACAUGUUCAUCAGGUUGCUCCCCACAAGUAUCAUCACGGCCACAAUGAAGGUGUAGAAGUUGAUCCUCAUUCCUAUGGUCCUCCCCCAAUAGAACAUCAUGGGUCCGAUGUGCAUUUCUCGGAAUAUGACGAUGAUAUAAGUGUAGUUCCUGAUGACGGUUCAGGAUUUUCUCAUGGUCUUAUUUCCCACCGGAAAGAUCCCUAUGAAAAUAAUAAUGAGAUUUCUCCAUACGGAGUCCAACCAACUAGACAGAAACCGAAACGACCUUUAACAUCAAUAGAAAUUGAAAGGAUGAUUGCCAAGGCUGAGAAGGAGGCAAUAAUUAAAGCAAGACUGGAACAAGAACGUCUACGAAUCAGAGACGAAAACUUGAAGCUACAAGAACAGCUCAAUCAAGCUAUAAAGCUUCAGGAAAAAUUGAAGCAUCAAACAAACUAUUUACACCAAAAAUUACCGCCUACAAAAAUAUCAUCAUCAGUACCUUAUAGCCAUAAACCAGUCUCAUAUAAGCCACCACCGCCUUUAAAAGGAUCACCGUUUGAAGCAGGAAGUUUGUCAAUGAAUAUUGGUCCGGGUAUUGAUCUUCCAGCUGGCUACAUAUCUCAGCAUAAUCUACCACAAAGGUCACAAAAUCCUCAGCAGGUACCACAAUAUAAACCAAGCUUUUCACCAGAUCAGCAGUUGGUUCAACAAUACCAAUCCAGUCAAAUUUAUAGCCAGCCAAUUAAUCAAGUUCAAGUUGCACAAAAUCCUGGUCCAGUGUAUAAACCACAAGUUACACAAGUAACAAAUCCAUUGGCCAAUACAAAUCUCGGUUCAACUGUUCAAGUAAAUAUACAAAAAUCAGUAGAAUAUGAUCCUAGAAUAGGAGCGUUUGAUACUAGUAACGAAGUUCUUGGUAACCAAAAAUCUGUUGAAACUCCUGAAAAAACGUUGACGAUUUCUAAGCCUAAACUGGAAGAGGCAAUUUACCAAGCAGCUACAAUAACCUUCGACAAAUUUUACUCUCCAAUUCUUCAAAAAAUUGACAAAAUUUUGCAAGGACUAGGAUUUAAUGACGAACCCUGUAGAGAAAGGUUGAUUUGCAGUAUGUACAAACAUCCCACAAAAUUCAGCCCGCACAGCAACUUAAUAUCCGCAGAAUUAAGCAGGGACUCAAGCGAACUUCAAAAACCUACAUCCACAAAUUCAGCAGUAGUAAGAUUCUACAAGUACGUUCAGGCAGCUAGAGAUGGCCAGGAUCAAAGAGACUGUUUGAGGCUAUACCCUGGAUGUGCUAUUAAUACAGAGGUAUCUUGAAAACCUCCUUAGAGCUAUGUAUUAUAAAUUCAAUAAAUAAUUUAAAUAUUUUAUAGGAAAUAGUACCUAAGUUAUUGUUUGGUAUUAUUAGGCAUUUCAAAAAUAUUUUUAAGUUGUACCCUAGAUUUAUAAACUUGAAGAAAGGGCUAAAGUUCAGGUCGAUAUUAAUUCAGACAUUCGAGGAAGAAUAUUUGUCAGUUUGAAGUGUAAGGAACUGCAACUCAAAUUGUCUAUUUUCUAUAAUAUUAUUUAUAAAAUCACAAUUUAAGAACCACAAAGUUAAAAAAAUUAUUAUUAAAAUGUGAAUGGCAGCAAUCUCAAGUUUAUACAUCUACCUUAUUAUUACAUACCUACAUUAAGAUUUAUAAUGCCAAAUACAAAAUAAGAUUUGUUAAUAUUUAUUGUAAGCUUUUUUCUGUGCCAAGUAUUUCUUAAAUUAUUUGUUUAUGUAAUUAUUUAUCGUUUUUAAAAAAAUAUAGAAUUUUAGCUGCACAUUAUGUAUAGGUGAAUUUUAGAGUAGAUGAUAAUAUAGCCCCCUGCUCAAUUUCUAUUUUGAGUUGUGCCUUGUACAUAUGCCAAAAAAAAUGAGUUGAAUCUAGUUCGAAAAUUAACAUAAUAAUUUAAGAUUUUUUUUUAAUUUUCAAAGAAUUAUUAGACGAAAUUUAUAAUGGUGCUUGGGAAAUAUUAGGAUUUAUCGUGUUUUGUUUAAUAAUUCAGAACUAGUUUAGUUAAUUUAUUUAUUUGUUGUACAAUAUAAAUUAGACAAUGGAAAAUUAUGUAAUUAUUUAUUGAAAUAAAAUUUUGUGAUAGUAUUUAAAUAUGCAUUACUGUAUUUCUGUAUGGCAAAUUUAUAGUUAGAUUCUUAGGGACGUAGGUACCCACUAAAUAUAUCGUUUAAAAGGGGCAAAAUAUUUUAAUAGAUGGAUAUAAAACUUACCCCAAAGAAAACAAUGCAAUAGGUAGCUACAAAAUAAAUUAUAUUUCUCAAAACAACAAAAAAAUAAAUGUAGACAUACAAUAUAUAUUCUCUAUACAACUCUGUACCUACUCUAACAAAAUUAUAUUACUUUUUUGUUUUCUAAAAAAAUUAUGGGGCAAGGUCAGCUUUUUUGAACUGUCAACUAAAUUAAAUAUUUAGAUAGGUAGUAAUAGACUAGUAGGUAUAUCUAUCUACCUACUAGUUAUUUAACUUUCAGUGGAUCUAAUAUUUCCAUUAUCGACGCAAACUUUCGGCGGAAAGCGGAUUGUGAAACCAGAUGCUUGAUGGUUUCUGGGUGUUGGUCUGGAAAGGGCUGUUAAUCGUUCUGCAGCAAAAAG